AUACUUUUUAGUGGUUUUCAGCAAAAUCCACCUUCUAAUGUUGUCCCAGGGCAAAUUUUGUCUAGAUCUUAUUCUUGGACGAGAAUCUCUCCUCGAGCUCUCCAGUUUUUGUUCUCGCGCCGCAUAGCAAUUCAAGCCCCAAAAUUCUUUUGCGGCGUAAUCUUUGACCCCCCGAAUUUUGGGUUGUAGCCAAGAAGAUGAACAAGGACAAGGCUCCGAUGCCGGGGGACGGCGGCUCCGGCGACGGCUUGCCGCCGCAGGCCACGCGCCGUGCCGGGGCGCCGCCCUCGUCGUCGACCCCGCCGCCGGAGUUCGACAUCAGCCGCAUGCCGGACUUCCCUACGCGGAACGCCGGCCACCGGCGCGCGCACUCCGAGAUCCUGAGCCUGCCCGACGACCUCGACCUCAGCGCUCCCGGAGGCGGCGAUGGACCUUCGCUGUCGGACGAGAACGACGAGGAGCUCUUCUCCAUGUUCCUUGACGUGGACAAGCUGAACGCGUCGUGCGGGGCGUCGUCGGAGGCCGAGGCUGAGUCGUCGUCCGCGGCAGGUGGCGGGGGUGAGGGGGCUGAGCUGGGGCACGCGCCUAGGCCAAGGCAUCAGCACAGCCAGUCCAUGGACGGGUCCAUGUCGAUCAAGGCGGAGCAGCUGGCGGCGGCGCAGGGAAUGGAGGGGAUGUCGUCUGCAGAAGCGAAGAAAGCAGUGUCUGCGGCGAAGCUGGCUGAGCUUGCUCUUGUUGACCCAAAGAGGGCAAAAAGGAUUUGGGCUAAUAGACAAUCUGCUGCAAGAUCGAAGGAAAGGAAGAUGCGCUAUAUUGCUGAACUCGAGCGCAAGGUUCAAACUCUGCAAACAGAAGCCACAACAUUGUCAGCUCAGUUGGCAUUGCUGCAGAGAGAUACCACUGGGCUAACAACUGAGAAUAGUGAGUUGAAGAUACGGCUGCAGACUAUGGAACAGCAAGUCCACUUACAAGAUGCCUUGAAUGACACUCUGAAAGCGGAGGUCCAGCGGCUGAAGGUGGCAACAGGACAGGUGGCCAAUGGUGGUGGAAAUAUGAUGAUGAACUUUGGCGCCAUGCCACGCCCGUUUGGGGGCAACCAGCAGAUGUUCCAGAACAGCCAAGGGAUGCAAUCCAUGCUGGCCACUCAGCAGCUGCAGCAGCUUCAGCUCCACUCCCAGCCUCAGCAGCAGUCACUGCGCCCUCAGCACCAGCAGCAGCCACUACACCCGCUGCAGGUACAACAGCUGCAGCAGGCGGCGAGAGACCUCAAGAUGAAAGGGCAUCUGGGCUCCCAGGGCCAGUGGGGAGACGGGAAAUCUGGGAGCAGCGGCAGUUGAGCAGCUGGUUCUGAAAGCUUGGUGUAAGUGGUGGUUAGAAGUGAAGAUGGCUGUUUCGGGGAUGAUGUUGUGCAACUGUAGUGAUCGUUAACUCACUCAUCUAUCUAUAGGCUCAGUUCAGCAUCAGUUUAUCGUUAACUUGGUUAUCUGUAAGCACACUGCAACUACAGACAGUCGGAUGGUCACAGAUGUUAGUUCAUCUGCUGGAUUUUGUUUCUAUCUCUCUCCAGUUAAAGGGUUAAAAAAUGGUUCGAAAUGAAAGGUUUCAGACGAAAUCUCCCGUUUCGUCA